UGUACACUCUUUAGUAGAACUUCCAACAUGGCUGAGCCGGGUGAGGAGCAGAAGCAGGAGGUGAUGAGCGCGGCUGAGGGUUUUACCGGCGCUCCGGAUCUCAGGAGCGUUUUAGUCACCAGUGUUUUAAACCUGGAGAAGCUCGACACUGACCUGUACAGAGGGAAGCAUCACUGGGUUCCUCGGACUCAGCGGCUGUUCGGUGGUCAGAUUAUCGGCCAGGCUCUGGUAGCAGCAGCCAAAUCUGUCACCGAUGAUCUUCACGCCCAUUCACUGCACUGCUACUUCGUACGAGCAGGAGAUCCCAAAGUUCCAGUGCUUUACCAGGUAGAACGCACACGUGAUGGCCGCAGUUUCUGUGUCCGAUUAGUGAAGGCCAUCCAGCACGGUCAGCCAAUACUCAUAUGUCAGGCAUCCUUUCACAUGAUGCAGCCUAGUCCACUGGAGCAUCAGUUCACCAUGCCCAGCGUACCACCACCUGAGGCCCUGCUUACUGUUGAGGAGCUCAUCCAGAGAUUCCUUGAAGAUCCAAAUGUGGCUGAUAUUACCAAGCAGGGUUUGAAUAAAUUACUGGCACAAGAGGUUCCCAUUGAGAUCAAACCAGUGAAUCCGCCUGAUUUCCAUAGACGCGUUUCCAUGGAACCAAAAAAGCUUUUCUGGGUCCGAGCAAGAGGGCAUAUAGGGGAGGAGGAUAUGAAACUGCACUGUUGUGUUGCUGCUUAUGUGUCAGACUACUCUUUACUUCCCACUGCACUGCUGCCCUACCCUAAAUACAGGGUCCAGUUCUCAGCCUCCCUCGACCAUGCCAUGUGGUUCCACAGCACUUUCCGUUCAGAUGAGUGGAUGCUGUAUGAAUGUGAGAGUCCAUGGGCAGGUGGAAGCAGGGGGCUGGUUCAUGGCCGCUUGUGGAGGCAAGAUGGCGUUCUUGCAGCUUCUUGUGCACAAGAAGGAGUGCUAAGAGUAAAACAGACGACUCAAAGUAAACUGUAAAUGAGUUUGAAAACAAUCUGUCCACGCACCAACACACUACUGAUAUUUAAAAAAAAUCUGAAUAGAACAUGUAUAAUUAAUCCUAUACACAGAGUGUAUUUUCUUAAUACAGUUUAAUGAAAAAAACUAAACCUUUUAUCAUGAUAUUUUAUCAUGUUAAUUUUUUUUAUUGGCACAUGCCUACAUGUAAUUAUAGUUAUAAGGUCAAUGGCAGUUAACAGCAAUUUACAUAUACAUAGUCACAAAGCACUCAGAUGAUCUGCCGAUGAUUGACCAUUCACAGAACACUCAACAGGAAGAUCUGAAACUGAUCACUGUGUUCUUUGUAUAUUAAAAACAUUUGAAACACUCACCAUUGAUAAAACAAAUACUGUCUGGAAUGCAUUGUGCCUUUAAUGAUCAGUGUCUAAAGCAAGUAAAAUUGCUUUAGACCAGAAUGUAACAAUACUUUAUAUUUAAAAUGUAUUAUUUUAUUGUUAAUUAUACAGCCUUAUAUAAUGUGAUGAUUUCCAAUGUAAAUCAGAGAUGGUUGCACUUUAUACUGAUGUGGUUUUGCAGCUGGCUAUUUUCCAAAGGUGUGGAAAAGUACAGAUGUGAAAUAAAAAUGUUUGUAUACAGGCUGAAAUGUAUAGCUCUCUUAAGUUUCUGGAUGAUUUGUAUAAAUGUAUAGACGAGUAAAGUAAUUUCUGCCUAAUUAA